AUGGGUCUCUUGCAGCAACCUCGCCCCAUGAAGGCCGCCCGCAGAGAUCAAUCUAAGUAUUGUAGGUUCCACCGGGACUAUGGUCAUGACACGAAGGACUGCCACGACCUCCGGAAUCAAAUAGAGGCACUGAUUCGUAGAGGCCACCUCGGACACUACCUCAAAUCCCGGGAGGUGACUCCACGCCUCAAAGGACCCCCCGAGAGACAGAUCAACGUCAUCUCUGGUGGGCCAGUAGCCGACGGAAGUAGCACGGCAGCAAGAAAGGCUUACGCGCGCAGCACAGUAGAGAAGCAUACCCGGCCUGAGCACGAGCCUAAAAUUACCUUUGGGGUAGGAGAGGUCGAGCGCUCCCACCACAUCGACGCUCUGGUAAUCUCCAUCCAAAUCGCCAACGCCCAAGUUAAGAGGGUGAUGGUCGACACCGGGAGUUCCGUCGAUGUCCUCUACUUCGAUGCCUUCAACAGGCUCGGCUUGACCCAGGGAGAUCUUACCCCUGCGGCAUCAACUCAUAUAGGGUUCACUGGGGAUUCCAUCUCCCCGCUCGGGACCAUAGUGCUCCCCAUCACCAUCGGGGAGGAACCGAGGGUAAAAAUGGUAAUGACCACCUUCAUGGUAGUCGACUUGCCCUCGGCCUACAAUGUCAUUCUCGGCCGCCCGACCCUCAACAAGAUCCAAGCGGUGGUCUCCACCUAUCACAGAACCAUCAAGUUCCCAACCUCGGUUGGGGUUGGGGAGGCCCGGAGUGACCCGAGGGAGUCGAAGUGA